AUGGCAUCUUCAAGGCUUGUCGCCCGCUCGUCGCGAGCUUUGGUUUCGCUCCAGCGCACUCAAUGCCGCACUUUCACCAUCUCUUCGCUCCGCAAUGGCGAGUUCGAUGCGCUCAACAAGCGCACAAAUGACACCUCGGAAACCUACCGCCAAUACCAGAUUGAGAAGCCUCUGAACCCUCAUUUGCCCAACACGACUUCGACUAUUACCAACAAGAUGCCGUCGGCGGGGGAAGCCGCCGCCCCACCAGAGUUGAUGACCAACAGCGAACUGGGCGUUGGCGAGAUGGAGGGCGCCAAGUUUAAGGUCGAGCCGCUCAAGCGGACGGGCGAGGACGCCAAUACGAUGCGCGCGAGGUUAUUAUAUCAGAGUCGGAAGAGGGGAACCCUAGAAAGUGAUCUCCUGCUGAGCACCUUCGCCGACGCCCACCUCGCCACCAUGUCGCCUUCCCUAAUGCAGCAAUAUGAUUCUUUCCUCGAUGAAAACGACUGGGACAUUUACUACUGGGCAACACAAGAACCCACGCCUACAUCACACGAAACAGCCGAGGGCAGUGGCUCCACCUUGUCCACGCCUAAUGUACAGGGCAAGGAUGCGACGGCGCAGACGAAGUUGCCAGAAAAGGAUGAGCGCAAGAGAGACCCUGGAGAGGGCGAAUGGGCGCAAACAGUGGGCACUUUCAAGCCUGCGUACAGGCCUGUUCCCAACAGGUGGAAGGGCAGCGAGAUUCUUAGCCUGCUCAGAAAACACGUCAACGAGAGGAAGGCAGGCGGUGUCAUCGAGGGUCACGGCCAAAAGCAGCAGGAAGGCAAGGGUCUGGGCAUGAUGCCUGAAGUCAAGAAUUUCGAUCAGUAA